GUUGCUUCCCAUGCUGUUUAAUUUAAUUAAUGAUUGUUUGUACCGUUAAGUAUAUAUUGCAUUUUGUCAAUUAAAAAUGCAGAAUUCGCAUCCGGUCCCAAAUGCUAUACGUGGUUAUUAACUAACUCUGUGUGGCAUCAAGUGAGUUGACAUGUGACACCCCCGUUUCAUUAUAUAUGCGUAAAGAGAAGCAGAAUAUUGUCAUUUUGGUGUUACCUGCCCUGCAAUGUUCAUCGCCGUAUGUGCUUGGCAUGUGGUGUUGGCGGCUGUGCUUGGAUACGUGGUGGUUAAAUGUAUGUGGCGAUGCGGAAGGUUGUGGAAAUUACGCCAGCUAUUUCAUGGAUGUCCGGGAGAGGAAGACUACAGUUAUAUAUAUGGCAAUCUUCACAAGUUUCCGGGUCCAAAUGAAGAGGGUGUUGCCUACAACCUUGACCUCGUUAAGAAGUUCCCCAUGUUCGUGAGGGUAUGGGUAGGAUCUCUCCUGCCCUUCAUCGUUGUCCACCACCCAGACACGGUCAAACUUAUCCUCAAGUCUUCAGAACCGAAGCCUCACAGCCGCUACAUCUCGAUGCCCAUGGAGAUGGGGAUGCCAUGGCUUGGACAAGGUCUUCUGUUUUCAAACGGGAUGAGAUGGGAGCGGACACGGCGCCUGCUGACACCGGCGUUUCAUUUCCUCAUCUUGCGCCGGUACAUGCAAGUCUACAACCAAGCAGCCGACGUGUUACUGGGUAAGAUGAACAGGCUAAGCAAGACGGGUGAACCCUUCGAGUGUUUCAGCACAGUGGCGCUGUACUCCCUAGACGUCCUCCUGCAGUGUGCCUUCUCACAUAGGACCAACUGUCAAACAGAGGAAAGACACCCGUAUGUACAAGCAGUGAACGAGAUGAUCCGACUAUGGGGCGACCGUGCGUUCAACCCUCUGCUGUACCUCGACCUCGUCUACUACAGGACCAGCAACGGGAAAAAGUUUCUAAGGCACUGCAAAUAUGUGCACCGAUUCGCCGAGGACAUCAUACAGAAACGAAAAGCUACCAAGCGUGUACAAUCAAAACAACAACACGACUUUAUAGAUAUCUUGCUGAUGGCUAAAGAUGAGAAUGGACAUGGACUCACAUUUCGGGAGAUGCGGAAUGAAGUGGACACGUUCUUGUUCGCAGGUCAUGAUACCACCACUAGUGGGAUCAGCUGGCUUCUGUACCACCUGGCCAAGUACCCGGAUCACCAAUUACGUGUUCAACAGGAAGUCGACAGAGUCCUCGCUGGGCAGUCCCUGGAUUAUGUUGAGUGGGAGCACCUGCCCCAGCUGGUGUACCUGACGCAGUGCGUGAAGGAGUCCCUCCGACUGUGCCCUCCAGUACCUACGAUACAGAGACAGCUCACCCGGACCAUGGACAUCCAGGGUACUCAGUUUCCCGCCGGCACGAUAAUGGCUGUUAACAUCCACAACCUUGGUCUGAAUCCCCAUGUCUGGACCGACCCCCAGGACUACCGCCCGGAGCGCUUUCUACCAGAGAAUACCAGGGGCAUGGAUCCUUUUGCCUUUGUCCCCUUCUCGGCUGGUCCACGAAAUUGUAUUGGACAGAACUUUGCGCUGAAUGAAAUAAAGGUUCUUGUGUCAAGAAUACUUCACAGGUACACUUUAACACUGGUCCCCUCACACACGGUGAGAAGAUGGACACACAUCACCAUGACCACAGAGACAGGAAUACAAAUAUUUGCCACACCCAGAUCCACAACCCAUGUUACAUGAUAAUAGGAUAUAAUACUGACUUCCCAUUCAUGUCACGUUUGUGUCCCGAGUGGAAUAAGUUUUACUUAACCCGAGAAUUACAGGAACGCAUUUUGUCAAUAACAUUGAUUGGUUACCCUUAAUCUAUGAGAAUGUCGAUGCAACAAAGGGCGCAUGCUGUUUCAUUUCUGUCACGUUAAUAGACCUGCUAAACGUUCGAGUUACUUCAGAACCAUACAAUGAAACCACAUUUAACCAUUGUAUAAGUGUACUCACAACUAUUAGAUGCAAAUAAAAUAGACGUUUUUUUACGAAUUAUGUCCUUACUAUGAGAUCAGUGGAAGUAAGAAACCAAGGGGAAAUCUGAAAGCUGAAAGAAUUUGGGGGCACGACACACUUGGGUUUCAUUCCCUUUCUCUACUUAUCGUACACCGAUAAAACAACAUGUUUAAUUCUGUUGACAUAAUAUUCAGUUGGCAUUACAACGUCAUCAGCAUCGCGAUCGGCAGGUCAUACAAAUAUUUUAGAUUUUCAAGGGAAAAGAAACAGGCUCCAGAUGUAUUGUGUCAGUUUAUUUUGUCCUUUUCUCCACACAUCUGCUCUGUACCUGAAACCACACACAGUACAGUCGGUGAGGAUACAGAAUACGAUUAUGAUACAUUUAUGUAUAUAUUCCCAAAAGCACUGUGUACAAUUUUUUGUCAGUGAAUAAAUCUGCUUUAUGACGUGUCCAGUCUUCUAAACGUGUGAAUGAAUCUAAUGUAGAACCAGGGAGCCAAGUUCGCGUAUCAACCAAUCAAAUCCCAUACA